CUCACCAUAGUAGUCGUUACUCGUUACUAUACCCACACGCUCCCCCUCUCUCUCUCUACAUCGUUCCGCGCUUCUCCGGCAAAUCCACCGGCGUUUCUCCACCUCCGGCAGCCUCAACAACCGGCCACGCCACCGUGCCUUCCAUCUUCACUCGCAGGUAAGGAAAUGCUGGAAGCCGCGAUUGCUUGAUUUGAUGCUUCCUUUCUUGCUGAUUGGUAAUUGACAUGCAGAAAUUUACGAUGAUGGGAGCACCGGCAACACCGUCAUCUAAGAUACAGAGGAAUCUGUCAUGUACUCCCGGUGGUUCGAAAGUUCGGGAAGAGAAAAUUCUGGUCACUGUUCGGAUGAGGCCACUCAACAGGAAGGAACACGCAAUGUACGAUCAGAUUGCUUGGGAGUGCUUGGAUGAGCAGGCCAUUGUGUUCAAGAAUCCGAAUCCAGACAAGCCUGCCACACCAUACACCUUCGAUAGAGUUUUUGGUCCUACAAGCCGAAAUCAAAAGGUUUAUGAAGAAGGGGCUAAAGAUGUUGCUUUAUCAGCACUUUCUGGAAUUAAUGCUACAAUUUUUGCAUAUGGGCAGACUAGCAGUGGAAAGACAUUCACGAUGAAAGGCAUCACUGAAAAUGCUAUUAAGGACAUCUAUGAGUUCAUUAAGAAUACACCAGAAAGGGAUUUUAUUUUGCGAAUCUCUGCACUGGAAAUCUAUAAUGAGACUGUCAUAGACCUUCUAAAUCGUGAAACUGGUCCUCUUCGACUUUUGGAUGACCCCGAGAAAGGGACCAUUGUGGAAAAACUGAAUGAAGAAGUAGCUAAGGACGUUCAACAUCUAAGCCAUUUAAUCGGGAUCUGUGAAGCGCAAAGGCAAGUGGGGGAAACUACUUUAAAUGAUAAAAGCUCAAGAUCACAUCAAAUAAUCAGGCUGACUGUAGAGAGCAGCCUUCGUGAUAGUUCAGGCCAUGUAAAGUCGUACAUAGCCAGUUUGAAUUUGGUGGAUCUUGCUGGAAGUGAGCGCAUCUCUCAAACAAACACAACUGGAGCAAGAUUGAAGGAGGGAAGCCACAUCAACCGAAGUUUAUUGACUCUAACAUCAGUCAUCAGGAAGCUAAGUGGUGGAAAGUGUGGUCACAUACCAUAUAGAGAUUCAAAACUGACACGUAUAUUGCAGUCUUCACUUGGGGGGAAUGCUCGAACCGCAAUUAUAUGUACCAUAAGUCCUUCCUUGAGCCAUGUGGAUCAAACAAAAAAUACACUAACAUUUGCUACCAGUGCAAAGGAAGUCAUUAAUACUGCUCGAGUGAAUAUGGUUGUUUCAGAUAAGACACUAGUUAAACAAUUGCAAAAGGAAGUUGCCCGACUUGAAGGGGAGUUACGAAGCCCUGAACCUUCAUCACAGUCAUGUUUAAGGUCAUUGCUAGCUGAAAAGGAGUUGAAAAUUCAGCAGAUGGAAAGGACUAUGGAAGACCUGAGGCGACAGAGAGACCUUGCACAAUAUCAACUUGACCUUGAAAGAAGAGCAAAUAAAGUUCAGAAGGGAUCCGAUGAUCAUGGGCCCUCUGGUCAAGUUGUCAGAUGUCUUUCUUUUCCUGAAGUGAAUGAAUCAGGUAGUGAUAAGCAUGCUAAGAGAAGGAAGCCAGUGGGCAGGCAGGCUAUGUUGAAGAAUUUAUUAGCUUCUCCCGAUCCAUCCAUUCUGGUCGGCGAAAUCCGAAAGCUUGAGAACCGGCAGCUGCAGCUUUGUGACAAUGCAAAUCGAGCAUUUGAAGUUCUGCACAAGGAUUUUGCAACCCAUAAUCUUGGAAAUCAAGAAACAGCUGAAACCAUGUCGAAAGUACUGUCUGAAAUAAAAGACUUGGUAGCUGCUAGCUCCCGUGCAGAAGACUUUGUGACUGCUGAUAAGGCCGACUUGAUGGAAAAGAUCACUCAGUUGAAAUGUCAAGGGAACACCAUGGCAUCUUUAGAAAGGAAGCUGGAGAAUGUUCUAAAAUCUAUAGACAAGCUGUUCUGUGCUUUUAGUAGUGGGGAGACUCCAGAGGGCAAGACCCAGAUGAGAAGGAAGAAAAUUAUUCCAUUCGCCUUAAGUAACAGUCCCAACAUGCAACAUAUAAUACGCGCUCCUUGCUCCCCUCACUCUUCUUCUCGCAAAACAACGGAGCAUGACAAUGAGAAUAGGGUACCUGAGAACAGUUCCUACUCCGGCAGUGAUACUCCACGAAAGGAUGAUGGAACUUCUAAUUCUAUUUUAUCACAGGAAGGAAGCCCUGCUGUACGGCAAUCAAAAUCAGUGAGUGUGAAGAAGAUUCAGAAAAUGUUCAAGAAUGCUGCUGAGGAGAACUUUCGUAGCUUCAGAAUUUAUAUUACCGAAUUGAAAGAGCUAGUUGCAAAACUGCAUUACCAGAAGCAGCUUCUGGUUUGCCAGGUUUUGGAGCUUGAAGCAAGCAAGUCCUUAGAUGAAGAAACAAACACAACUGAUCCAUCUCCCUUGCCGUGGCACAUACUAUUUGAAGAGCAGAGAAAGCAAAUUAUCAUGUUAUGGCAUUUAUGCCACAUUUCUCUCGUGCACCGGACGCAGUUUUAUCUUUUGCUAAAGGGAGAUCCUUCUGAUCAGGUAUAUAUGGAAGUUGAAAUUAGAAGAUUGACUUGGUUGGAGCAACACCUAGCAGAGCUUGGGAAUGCUAGUCCAGCACUUCUAGGUGAUGAGCCUGCAGGCUCUGUAUCGGCAAGCAUCAGAGCUCUGAAGCAAGAAAGGGAGUAUCUAUCAAAGAGGGUCAACACUAAAUUGACUGCAGAGGAGAGGGAAUAUCUUUAUGCAAAAUGGGAAGUUCCUCCAGUGGGAAAACAGAGGAGGCUGCAACUGGUGAAUAAAUUUUGGACCGAUCCUUAUAACUUGCAGCAUGUACAGGAGAGCGCAGAAAUUGUAGCGAAGCUGAUUGAUUUCUGUGUAUCUGAUGAAAAUAGCAAGGACAUGUUUGAAUUAAACUUUGCAAGCCCUUACAAUAAGAAAACAUGGGGGGGCUGGAACUUCAUAUCAAAUCUUUUAAAUUUGUGAACACAAACUAUUGCAUCUGUAGCUGUACUUCAUUUAUAGUCAUAGAUGAUAAAACCAUCAAACAUAUAUUGAGAUUAUGGGCAUACCAGUGUUGAAGAAUGUAAACACAAAAAAGAAAGAGUAUUUUAGUUCUAUCAAUUAAUGAUAGGCUUUUUUUGAGGGCUUGAGGGUUGCUUCUAUUGUAGCUUUUGUGAAUUUCUGUCAUAAACUACCUUAGAAAUACAGGUAUUUAACAUAAAAGCAGUGUAUAGUUUAAAAGAUAA